AUGUCCUCCAACCAUGAUAUCCCCAAGCUCGGCUUCUGGGAAAAAGCAGAUAUACCACUCAUGCGCCUAUCGGUGUUCGCCAACUUGUUGUAUGCUGCUAUUACAGGUGUUUUCCGGGGUAAAGCCAGCCCCAGGCGCUACGAUCAUUAUAUCAUGGCAUCCGUGAUUCGGGGAAUGGUUGAUCGUACUACGGAUCGGCAGAUACAGUACAUCAGCUCCCCAACUUCAGUCGCCUACGCAACCGUCAUGAAGAAGCGCGGUCUUCAACCCGAGACUGUGGCACUCCCACAUGGCGCAGAGGGCCACUGGCUCGGGAAUAAGAACGCUAAGAACGUGAUUAUAUACUACCACGGUGGUGGUUUCGCCAUCCCCGCUACGGCAUCCUAUUUCGAAUUCUGGCUGGACAUGUUGAAGGUCCUGAAUGAAACUGGCCAUGACCUAGCCGUUUUCUUCCCACGGUACACUCUAACCCCACACGCGACGUACCCAACCCAACUCCGCCAAGCCGUAGAGGCCCUGCGCUACAUCAUCAAUGAGACGGGCCGUUCACCAGCAAACGUUGUUAUCGGCGGGGACUCCGCAGGCGGCAACCUAGCCACAGCAACGCUGCUGCACCUUUCUCACCCCCAUGCUGAGAUUGAGCCGUUGGUGCUGUCAGCGCCAUUGGCGGGUGUCUUUGCGUAUGCGCCCUGGGUUAACUUUAGUUCGGAGUGGCCGUCGAUGAAGGAUAAUCGGUGGAAGGAUGUUAUCACAGCGUCGGCUUUGACCAGGUGGUCUGUUGUGUACCGUUCGGGUAAGCCGGCGGAUAAUUGGAAUGAGCCGUUUAAUGCGCCGGCUGAGUGGUGGAGUGGUGCUAAGACGGAGAAGAUUUUGUUUCUUGUUGGUAGCGAUGAGAUCUUGCUUUCGCCUGUCCAGGAGUUUGCGAAGAAGAUCAAGUCUACUUUUGAGGGGAUUACUUGUGUGGUUGGGCAGGAUGAGUCGCAUGACGCGCCGUUCUAUACUAUGGUUAACGAGGAGGCUCAGACUCGGUCGGAGUUGCGACAGUGGUUGGCUGCUCGGCUGUGA